CGGAAUUAUUAAGCUGUUACUAUGAGUAAGACUUCAUACUGCUUUGUAAAACGACAUAUUUCCGUGAAAUAUUUACAACUGCACAUCAUCCCACCAUCCGCUGACACGUGGCUAAUUGCCGACAACAGGAUGACGAAGAUUUACCAAAUGGACUUUUGAUACUUCCGUUGAAGCUACAAUGACGUCAUCCUGGGCAAUAUGGAUUUGUUUAAGUUGGUGUCUUCCGCACGUGUUCUGUUUCGUGCCUUGUAAUAACGCCUCAAUGCCCGGCUAUUGUUUCGACGGAUGGCAUUGCUGUGACAACGGUUGGUGCUGCUCGGACGAUUUUGUGUGUGGCGACAACAGAUGCAUCUACCUCAAGGGUCUUUACGUGCCUAUUGGAAUUGUCGUGGUGUCACUCUGUGGAGGAAUAUGUGUUUGCAUACAUCAGUUUCGUAAAAGGAACAAAUUCGAGGGAGCACAAAGAAUGAAAAAAACAUCAAAAGAAAAACUACAAGAUCCUGAGGACAUUAUCAAUGAGCAUUUCUGAGUAGAUACGUCACUGGCUGAGUGAAUGAGUCAAUGGGAUAUUAAAACAUUUUUAAUUAGAUACGUCACUGACCGAGUGAAUGAGUCAGUAGGAUAUUAAAACAUUUUGUGUGAUCUAUUCUUUUUUAAUGUGAUUGAUCUGCUUCGACAAGUUGGAUUUUCUCACAUGUUUAUUCCUAUAACUGAAGUUAAAUACUUUUUACAAUGUAUUUCUGAACUUCUGAAUGUAACCGUGCUGUGAUAUAAAACGACCAAUAAAUACUGGAGAUUUCCGCAGACCA